AUGUGCCAACAAAAAUGUCCGUCUUCACCAGCAGCACAGCUCCUGGAACUGGCUAGAAUGAGCACCACUGCUACACUGAACACCCAUUGUCUCCCACCACCACCUGUGCCUGAACAAGAGGAGGAGCAAGAGCAACCUCAGAUACACAUGUGUGUUUUGUGGUAUGCAGGGCAGCUGGGGAUCACUUAUUAUGACACAGGAGACUGCUCAGUCUACUUCAUGCCCGACAUGCCUGAUAACGAAGACCUCAAGCUGCUGCAGAAAGUGAUUGAUGAAGUCCUUCCCCAAUGCAUAGUGACUAGUGCCAAGCAGGAUCACAACAUUGCCAAAUUCCUGACCAAUAUGGGUGCUGCUACUGGGGAUGGGGACAAACCAGAAAUUGUCCUCUUUCCCAAUAUGGACUUUGGCCUGGAAGUGAGCAAACAGCGGAUCCUAUCUAGGCAAUUCCCUUUCAUUCCCCCUCAUAUGACUGCAACAGAGAAAAUCCUCUAUUUGUCCUCCAUCAUUCCCUUUGAGAGCCCACUCAUGGUACGAGCAUUAGGUGGGCUGUUGAAGUUUCUUGACAGGAGGCGGAUCGGAGUCGAACUGGAAGAUAGCACAAUCGGAGUUCCCAUCUUGGCCUUUAAAAAGUUUGUGCUCAUGGAUAUAGUGAAUAUGGACCAAGAUACUUAUUGUGUCCUACAGAUAUUUAAAAGUGAGGUGCAUCCUUCUGUUUACAAGCUGGCCAGUGGGCUGAAAGAAGGACUCAGUUUGUAUGGGAUUUUGAACCGCUGCAGGUGUAAGUGGGGAGAGAAACUGAUGAGGUUGUGGCUCAUGCGGCCCACCCGGAACCUUACAGAGCUGAACAAACGGCUGGAUGUUAUUCAGUUCUUCUUGCUGGCUCAGAACUAUGAAACAGUCCUGACUCUUCAAGACUGCCUCAAGAAUAUAAAAAAUGUACCUCAGAUUCUGAGAAGAAUGACUCUUUCACAUACAAAGGUCAGUGACUGGCAGGCACUUUACAAGACAGUUUAUAGUGCAGUGUGCCUCAGAGAUACAUGCCGCUCCCUGCCUAGCAGCAUCGAGCUCUUCCGGACCAUUUCACAGGUCUUCACCGAUGAUCUGCACUAUAUUGCCAGUCUCAUCAGCAAAGUGGUAGACUUUGAAGGCAGUAUCUCAGAAAACCGCUUCACUGUCAGACCCAAUGUGGACUCCACCAUUGACGAAAAGAAACGAAAGCUGAUGGGUCUCUCAGACUUCCUUACAGAGGUGGCCCGGAAGGAAUUGGAGAUCCUGGACAAUCGGAUUCCUUCCUGUUGUGUCAUCUAUAUUCCCUUGAUUGGAUUCUUGCUUUCCAUUCCACGACUGCCCACAAUGGUGGACAAGAGUGACUUUGAGAUUGAAGGCCUGGACUUCAUGUUCUUGUCAGAGGAUAAACUGCAUUACAGAAGUGCUAGGACAAAGGAACUAGACAGCAUUCUGGGUGACCUGCACUGUGAGAUCAGAGACCAGGAAACACUUAUCAUGCACCAGAUGCAGACAAAGAUCUUGGAGAAGUCGGCGGUGCUGAACAAUGUGAUUGAGUACACAGCGCACCUAGAUGUGCUGCUAGCUCUGGCAGUGAUGGCUCGAGAGAAUAGCUACAGCCGUCCGUGCUUUACCGACCGCCAUGGCAUCCACAUCAAGGAUGGCAGGCAUCCACUCAUGGAGCUAUGCGCAAAGACUUUUGUGCCCAACCCUGUGAACAGUGGUGAGGCUAAUGGGCGGAUAAAGAUCCUUACAGGGCCCAACUCAUCUGGGAAGAGUGUAUACUUAAAAAUGGUGGGCCUUAUAACAUUCAUGGCCCUAAUUGGCAGCUAUGUCCCUGCUGCAGAGGCUGAGAUUGGGGCAGUUGAUGGGAUUUACACCAGGAUUCACAGCAGGGAAUCAGUAUCUGUGGGACUCUCCACUUUCAUGAUUGAUCUCAACCAGGUUGCUAAAGCAGUGAACAAUGCCACUGAGAGGUCCUUGGUACUUAUUGAUGAGUUUGGCAAAGGGACCAACACAGUGGAUGGCCUCUCCCUUCUGGCCGCUGUGCUGAGGCAUUGGCUCAAUCAGGGAACCCAGUGCCCGCAGGUCUUUGUCUCCACUAAUUUUCACAGCUUGGUGCAGCUGAAGCUCCUUCCUGACACCCCUCUUGUGCAGUACCUGACAAUGGAGACCCACCAAGAUGGAGAUGAGUUAAUAUUCUUCUAUCAGCUCAAGGAGGGGGUGUCUACUGUUAGCCAUGCUGCCAAUAUUGCUGUGUUGGCUGGGAUGCCACCCAAAGUGAUUGCACGAGGAGUGGAAGUAUCAGAGCUUAUCCGAAAUGGAAAACCUAUUAGAUGUAUUGAUCAUCCAUCCAAAGGGAACCAGCUAGAGAGAUGCAAGUCUCUGGUGGAAAAGUUCCUUUGCCUAGACUUUGAUGACCCCCAUGUGGACUUAGAGAAGUUCAUGAGUCAGGAAGUGCUGCCCUCUGCAGCCUCCAUUCUGUAA